GUAGGAGUUUCGACUGCAUCGUCUCUUUUAUCAGACCCAGUCGAAAAAGCAAACCGUACCUUUCCUGGGCGUUGAAUCUCAUGGCGGGAAUCAGACUAGCGCCGGAAGAACCAGAGACGACUCCUCAGCAACAGGCCAGAGCGACGGCGACGGAUAGCUUGGCUUCCGACGACGACCGAUCUAUCGCGGCGGAUUCGUGGUCGAUCAAGAGCGAGUACGGAAGCACUCUCGACGAUGAUCAGCGCCACGCCGACGCCGCAGAGGCUCUCUCCUCCGCCAACUUUCGCGUCUCUUCAGAUUACAGUUCUGAUAAGGAAGAGCCAGAUGCUGAUGGAGGACAGUCAAUGCUUGGUCUCCAAAGCUAUUGGGACGCUGCUUACUCUGAUGAGCUCACUAACUUCCGGGAGCAUGGCCAUACCGGCGAAGUUUGGUUUGGUGAUGAUGUCAUGGAAAUUGUUACUUCCUGGACGAAAGACCUGUGCGUUGAGAUUUCUCAAAAGGAGAUGUCUGUUUCUGACAACGGGGAGGUGAAUGAUCAGGCUGACAAGUAUUUGUCUAGCUGGAAUGUGCUUGAUCUUGGUACUGGAAAUGGUUUACUCCUUCAUCAGCUGGCGAAGGAGGGGUUCUCUGAUUUAACCGGGACUGAUUAUAGUGAAGGAGCGGUUGAACUCGCUCAACAUCUCUCCCAACGUGAUGGUUUCCCAAAUAUACGUUUCAUGGUUGAUGAUAUCCUUGAUACAAAACUGGAAAGGCAGUUCAAGCUGGUGAUGGACAAAGGAACUUUAGAUGCCAUUGGUUUGCAUCCUGAUGGCCCUGUCAAAAGAGUCAUGUAUUGGGAUUCAGUGUCCAAGCUGGUUGCUCCUGGUGGUAUACUGGUUAUCACGUCGUGCAACAACACAAAGGACGAACUCUUGGAAGAAGUGGAGAAUUUCAACAUGAGAAAAUCAAAUUUAACUGGAGAUGCGUCUUCCGAAGCUGCAAGUGGAACCGAUCAUCCUCCGUUUGAGUAUCUGAGCCACGUUAGGACGUACCCGACGUUCAUGUUUGGUGGGUCUGUGGGAUCGCGUGUGGCAACUGUUGCUUUUCUAAGGAAGUGAUAACAACAGCUUUUCUUUUUGUUUUGGGGGAGAAUUGCAUAACAUAAUGAUGAUGCCCAUGCUUUUCUUUUCUAAACCUUUUUUUUCUUGUGGCAAGACUUGUUCAUGUGCUUUUGGGAGCACUUAAUAACCUCUAAAUUUGUUUUGAGAAACUUCUGAUAACUUAUGGGUUUGGUUA